UGGUAGUAGUAGCAGUAGUAGUAGUAGUAGUAAUAAUAGUAAUAAUAGUUGUAGUAGUUCUGUAGGCACUUCUGUUGUUCUGGCUGUCAGCGCGUAUGUGGUCCCAGUCCCAUUGCCAGGAUGUUGGGGCGAUAUAAAAGGGUUUGAACAUCACAGCCGAGGGAUCUGUCAAAUACCAGCAUUCCGUUCAAUGCUUCCUCUUUGUUACCUACCACAUAUGAAUUAUGACCAUAUGUUUAUAUAGUCUGUGCUAUGAACUGUGAUGUAGGAGAACCAAAAGCGUACAACAUUUGUGUGAAACGUGCAUUAAUGGCUUUGCGAGGUCUUCAUGUUGUGGAGAUGGCAGGUCUUGCACCUGCUCCAUUCUGUGGUAUGAUACUGGCAGACUUUGGUGCAACUGUCAUGAGAGUUGAUAAGAUUCAAGGAGAUCUGGAGUUUGAUUGUUUAGCCAAUGGGAAAAAGUCUCUGGCUGUUGAUGCGAAACAUCCAAAAGGUGUUGAAAUAAUCCGCAGAAUAUGCAAGAAAUCAGAUGUACUCAUUGAACCAUUCAGAAAGGGGGUUAUGGAGAAACUGGGUCUUGGCCCAGAUAUUCUUCUUGAAGAUAAUCCACGAUUGGUAUAUGCUAGAUUAACGGGUUUCGGCCAGUAUGGGAAGUACUCAAAUAUGGCUGGACAUGACAUAAAUUUUAUAGCAGUUUCUGGAUUAUUGUCAAUUCUUGGUCGUAAAACUGAGAAGCCAACUGCACCUGUCAAUCUGUUGGGUGAUUUUGCUGGAGGUGGUUUGCUUUGUGCUCUUGGGAUUAUGAUGGCACUAUUUGAAAGGUCCACAUCGGGUUGUGGACAGGUUGUGGAUGCCAACAUGGUGGAAGGAUCAGCCUACCUUGGUAGCUGGAUAUUUCGUUCACAGAAACAUCCAUAUUGGGGAAAGCCACGUGGAGAAAACAUAUUGGAUAUUGGUUCACAUUUCUAUGAUACAUAUGAAACCAAAGAUGGUAAGUUCAUGGCAGUAGGAGCUUUGGAACCACAGUUUUACUCAAAACUUCUACAUGGGUUGGGUUUUUCUGAUGAAGAGGUGCCACAGAUGGAGAAUUUUGAAGCUCAUCAAGAACUGUUCACAAAAAGAUUUAAAGAACACACACAGCAAGAAUGGUGUGAGAUAUUUGAUGGAACUGAUGCUUGUGUAACUCCUGUGCUGUCAAUGAAUGAUGUCUCCAGACAUCCUCACAAUGCCGAAAGGAAUUCUUUUGUAACAUACGCAGAUGAUGAUGUCCCUGUACCCGCAGCAGCUCCUCGUCUCAGCAGAACACCACCUUCCACCAAGGCAACAGAACCUAGAUCACAGCAUGGCCAACACACAGUUGAAAUACUCAUUGAUAAUGACUAUACUGUGCAAGAAAUUCAACAAUUAGAACGUGAAGGUGUCAUUGCUAUAAACAGAUCAAAACUUUAAUAAAGAUGAUUUAAAAAUAAUAGAUCUACAUAUUUGAAAGAUUUUAAAUCUUGGUAAUCUGCAUCAAUGUACCAAAUAUGUCACAUGCAGAGUAUUACGAAUAUCACAAAUUUGAUAUACAAUUUAUAAUCAAAAGGAGGGUUACCGUUCUUCUGUUCACUUUGUCUGAUGUAUUCCUAAAAGGAUAUGGAUGUGGUUAAAAUAAAGUGUCAUUUUGAGUUACCUGGA